AUGAAGCCUGCUGGUGUCAUCGAACAACGGAGAAGCUCGCAUGAAGGCGAAGCACUCGAAUCAUUCAACACAUCAUUUGGGAUUGAAGCUGCUGAUACAUUUCCAAAUCUGUCUCAUUCAUCCACCCCUGCUCGGGCUCAUUUCACCCCGGCGAUCCUUGCAACCGCCCGCACCAAUUUCAAGGCACGGUCUGGAAAGCGGUCUCUUUUUCCUCCACUGCCUGCCGCAAUUCCACUUCUCGGAAUCUUACUCAUUUGGUCUGUAUGCGCAGCAGCUCGUUUCAAAGAACAGCCUGCUACGGCCGCCCAACGCCGGCUGUCCGACCGUGAUCUGGGUAUGGAUGACGAAGAACAGUCUGUAUUGGAGGAGUGCUUGGCAUUGGAAGCAGAUCUGGGGAUUAUCCGCCCACAAGCUGCCUCCCCUUCUGACGGUGACCGGUCAAGACGUAUCGCGGAGCUCGUGUCUCUAUUGUCCGGUGCUGCUGCUGAGUAUGAAUUGAAACAAGGUGUACAACAAGCGCCGGUUGAAGAUGCAACCUUUAACGAGGUCCCCGAUUCUGCACAGGCCAGCAUAGGCGCCGGCAUACUUUCAAGAGGAUGCCGAAGCGGUGAGGGAUCUGGAGGUGCGAAACAGGACCUUGAACCCCUUGAAGGCUAUGCUUCUGGC